AGAGGGCAGCAAACGACUUUUAUCCGCGCAAACUCAGCGUGAAGUAAAUGAAACACGACGUCGCGCGCACGCGGGGACGCGCAUUGAUUCUAAAUCCGCUAGAUUACCAAACCCAUUUCUAGGGAGGCUGGAUGUUUUAGCUAAUGUUGAAGUACGCGUAUCUGUAAUAUAAACCGAUUUAUGGUUAAGAGUUUUAACAUUUUUAGUCUUCGGAACUACUUGGAAGGACAUUCGCUUUACUUUUUUCAGAUUUUGGUUGAGGAAAGAAACCUACGGAGCCAUUGGUCGCCCAGAGUACGGACCAAAUCAACGUACACCUUUGCAGAAACUGAAUGGCCUUGUUCUGAAUUUCUGACGCCAGGACGAGUCCAGGAAAGUCUAUACCGUUUGUACGACCCAAAUGACCCAAGAUGUACAAAAGAGCACAGAGUUUUCUGGACUGGUUUGUCGAGUGUCAGAGGCUAAGCUAGGUUUUGGACUGUAAUCAAAACUGCUGUGGGAAUCAGACUUUACGACCCUUCUCCGCUGUAUACUACAUGGUGCAACAAAAUUGAUUCAAAUUUCUAUUCGUUCCAGCAAUUUGAAAGUGAAUUACCUAUGCUUCAAUAUGUCAUUCUUUAACUUGCGUAAAAUAUUUAAAUUGGGGUCUGAGAAGAAGAAGAAACAAUAUGAGCAUGUCCGAAGAGAUGAAAACCCGGAGGAAAUAUGGACCAUUAUCGGUGAAUUGGGAGAUGGAGCCUUUGGAAAAGUGUUCAAGGCUCAGAACAAACAAACAGGUGUCCUCGCUGCGGCCAAAGUGAUCGACACAAAGACUGAGGAAGAGUUGGAGGACUACAUGGUCGAGAUUGACAUCCUGGCCUCAUGCGAUCACCAAAAUAUUGUCAAGCUGCUUGAUGCUUUCUAUUUUGAGGGCAAACUCUGGAUUCUCAUUGAGUUUUGUGCAGGCGGGGCUGUAGAUGCUGUCAUGUUAGAACUGGAGAGACCCCUGACAGAACCACAGAUUAAGGUGGUGUGCCGGCAGACUCUUCAGGCCCUCGUCUACCUCCAUGACAUUAAAAUCAUCCACAGAGACCUGAAGGCUGGCAACAUCCUACUCACUCUAGAUGGUGAUGUUAAAUUGGCUGACUUUGGUGUUUCUGCUAGAAACACCAAAACUCUUCAAAGGAGAGACUCAUUCAUUGGGACACCAUAUUGGAUGGCCCCUGAAGUAGUCAUGUGUGAGACAUCCAAGGACCGUCCAUACGACUACAAAGCCGAUAUCUGGUCACUCGGGGUCACCCUGAUUGAGCUUGCACAGAUUGAGCCACCCAAUCAUGAGAUGAACCCCAUGAGAGUCCUUCUGAAAAUUGCCAAGUCGGACCCUCCUACGCUGAUGCAGCCAUCACGUUGGUCCCCAGAAUUCAAUGAUUUCCUAAAGCGAUGUCUGGAUAAAAAUGUGGACAACCGGUGGAGUGCAGCACAACUUUUGCAGCAUUCAUUUGUGUCCAGUGUGACAGACAGUAAGCCUCUGAGGGAAAUAAUAGCUGAAGCUAAAGCUGAGGUAACUGAGGAGAUUGAAGAGCACAAAGAGGAAGAGGAAGAGGAAGAAAUUGAACCGAAUAUGGGCCAUAAACGUGCUCCCUCUGAUGUCAGUGUUGCAAGCUCUGAGGAUGAGAAGAUUCCACUCUCCCCUACCAUUUUGGAAUCUGUCCCUGAAAAGGGUGAACCACGAUCGCCCAUUGCUGCACCCAAUGAGAUCCCUGUAGCGAACCACGUCAUUAGCUUGGUGGAAGAGUCCACUCUCUCAACAGCUGCAGAGCAUGCAGAAAAAGCUCUAGUUAAUGUUGGCGGAAAGCAACUGGUGCCGGAGGAGGUCGAAUCUGGCAGGGCCUUGUCAAUCCCACCGGCAAACGAAAUGGAGCAGCUUGCGAUAGCUUCUGAAAACGAAAAGGAAGAUGACACAGCCGAAGUGCCAGCCAAUUUGGAUGCUCCGACAGAGAUUCCAAAAGAUGCAGCUUCUCCAGAAAAAAGAAUGGUUACUGUAGAGGAAUCAAUCACACCAGCAGAAGAGGACCCAUACAAACAUGUUAAGGUGUCUUUACCAAGUCCGGAUGACUCUUUUUCAAAAGAGCAAGACAAUGAGAAGCCUGCAGUAAAACCGAAUACAGAAGAUGAGAAGAUUCUUCCAGACAAGGCUAAAGAUGACAGUUCAGACUCUGGUAGGAGCUCAACUGCGGAUAAUAGCAGCCUUGAGCUGAAUCUGUCUAUCUCAAGCUUCCUGUCCAAAACAAAACAGCCUGGAUCAGUUUCCAUCCAGGAGACAAAGCGCCAGAAGAAGACAUUGAAAAAGACCCGCAAAUUCAUUGUGGAUGGGGUGGAAGUUAGUGUGACUACAUCAAAGAUCAUAACCGACAAUGACACAAAGAAUGAGGAAAUGAGAUUCCUGAGGCGCCAGGAACUAAGGGAGUUGCGUCUCCUGCAGAAGGAGGAGCAGAGGGCCCAGCAGCAACUCAGCAAUAAGCUACACCAGCAGAAAGAGCAGAUUUAUCGCCGCUUUGAGCAGGAGACCACGAGUAAAAAGCGUCAGUAUGACCAGGAGGUAGAGAACCUAGAGCGGCAGCAGAAGCAGACCAUAGAGAGGUUGGAACAGGAACACACCAACCGACUGAGGGAUGAGGCCAAACGCAUCAAAUCUGAGCAGGACAAAGAGUUGUCCAAGUAUCAGAGCGUGCUGAAAAACCGGAAAAAGGAGGAGCAAGAGUUUCUUCAGAAGCAGCAACAGGAUCUUGACAGCGCUCUGAAGAAAAUUAUCCAGCAGCACAAACAUGAGCUGGCCACCAUCGAGAGAGACUGCCUCAACCACAAGCAGCAGCUUCUAAGAGCAAGGGAGGCUGCCAUGUGGGAGCUGGAAGAGCGUCAUCUGCAGGAGAAACACCAGCUGUUCAAGCAGCAGCUGAAAGACCAAUACUUCAUGCAACGUCACCAGCUGCUGAAAAGACAUGAAAAAGAGAUGGAGCAAAUGCAGCGUUAUAACCAGCGACUGAUUGAAGAGAUGAAGAACAAGCAGACUCAGGAAAGAGCCAGGCUGCCAAAGAUACAGCGCAGUGAGGCUAAGACACGUAUGGCCAUGUUCAAGAAAAGUCUUCGCAUUACCGCAGCUGCUCUCACCCUGGAGCAGGAGAGAGAGAAGGUCAAACAGUUUGCAGUUCAAGAAGAAAAGAGACAAAAGAAUGAGCGACUCCACCAGCAUCAGAAACAUGAAAACCAGAUGCGAGACUUACAGCUGCAGUGUGAUGCCAACAUCCGAGAGCUACAGCAGUUGCAAAACGAGAAGUGUCAUCUGCUGAUCGAACACGAGACGCAGAAGCUGAAGGAGCUGGAUGAGGAGCAUAUCGUGGAGCUGAAAGAAUGGAGAGAGAAGCUACGGCCCAGAAAGAAGGCCCUGGAAGAAGAGUUUGCCAGGAAGUUGCAGGAACAGGAAAUGUUUUUUAAGAUGAGCGGAGAGUCUGAGUGCCUUAACCCCUCCGCACAGAGUCGCAUUUCCAAGUUCUACCCAAUCCCCAGCGUCCAGUCCACUGGAUUCUAGGCCAACCCGCCGCUGUCCACACAGCAGAUGGACUGAUGCAGCUGGGCCUGUACCUUCCUCUCCUACAUGGGCCACCGGCAGAGGAUGGACCAAGUUUUUCCUCUCAGAACACCACUCUUUUCCUGCAGCUAUUUAUAUCGCAUUUUAUUUCCCCAUCUGCCAACUCAGAGUCAUUCAGGCGCAGUAACUUAUUGUCUGACAUUCUUGGGUUGAAAUUAUUUUCACAAACAGUCCAGGGCCUGUAAAAUUGGAAUUUGGAGGCGUUAUGGUAUGUUGUGCUGCUCCUUUUUUUUUUUUUUUUUCUGGUUUCGACUUUUGCACUAACACACUUAUACAAUUUGGAAAUCUCUCAGAUUCUUGCAACAUUAAUUGGUAAAAAUUUGGAAAAAUCAUCAGAUUUCUUUUUGUCUCGAAUCAAUGUUGAUACACUAAAUUCUAUUACAUACUGUAUCCCUAUUUUAAAAUCUUAUCUGGGGUAUCUAGUUCUACCAAUUGAGCGCUUUGCUCAAAAUGCCCCCCCCCCCCCGAGAAUGCCUUCCCGUCUCAAGGUACGAGAAUUGAGCAGUAAAUGGGUGGUGCCAUUCUUUUUAGUUAUGCAAGACAGUGGAGGGAGACAUUCUUCUUCUUCAGCUCGUGUCCAAUAAAUGAUGGCACUACUGUAUUUUAGCAAUAAACCAGCAUUUAUUCACCAGUAAGUCAGUCAGCAUUUUCCCAUUAUUCAGUUAUGGCUAAAAAUGAUCAUUAUUCAGGGACAAAGACAAAAUACAUCAAUUUAUUAUAUGUACAUGUUCAGCCGCAACAGCAUUCGCCCAUGAGUUGAAUUAGUUUGUCAAAGAAUCAGUCUCCAAAUAAAACAUUUCAUUAUCAGGUGUUAGUGAAUCACCGUGAUGCUUUCGAAAAGCUUGUAUGAGCUACAAUGCAUCUGCUUCGACUUUGGAUUUUUUUUUUUGGGGGGGGUGAUAUGCAUCCUGAAUGCAUAAAUUGUCUCUGGAUAAAAAAAAAAACAACAACAACAAAAGCUGAGCUCUUUUCAUGUUUGUUUGCUUUUUGGUAACUAUGCUAUGAUAUUCAUAUCGAAUGAAGUUCAAGGAAAAUGUGGGCCUGACUGGUUUAGGCUUUCUUGAUUUAUCAGCUCAUUUCUUAUCUUUCUAUGAAGUGUUACUGAAGGUAUUUAAUAGUAAGGCACAAAAAUAAAAGUGGAGUGCUGUGCACCUUUUUACAAGAUUACAACUCAGUAGUGUUGCUAUUCAAUAAAUCCUGCCACAUGCUUAUUUCGCUCAUUUUACUCCUGCUGAGCAUUUCAGAACAACUUAAAACUGUCAUUGUGAAAUCAAUUCUUGAGUCGGUAAAUUCAUUUUGUUGUAAUGUCAAUUUAAUUAUUCCUAUCAAAAUAAUUCAUUUAAAAAUAGUUCAGUUUUCAUUUGGCCUAAAUCAUGUAGAUUUCCCUUUUUCUGUAAAUAAAGUUUCCUGUGGAAUACA